AUGCACGCCAUAGACCAGGAAGGUCAUAGUUUGCAGGCGCUAUAUGCAAAUGCCACCAAAGCCGAGUUGAACAAGGACCUCGAUUCCGCAUUCAAAUCAUACAUUGAAGCAGCAAAGGCGUUCCUGCACCUCAGCCGCUCAUCUUUCGACGAGAAGCUCCAAACCAAGCUGAAGUCCAAUGCAGGUAAAGCACUUCAGCGCGCUGAGAAGAUCAAGGCAGCAAAAAGCGACCUCACACCUGUGAUCAGAGACCCUUCAUCCGAAGAUGAACAAUUCCUAGUAUUGAAGAAGGGCUCUCUGGUCAAUGGAGAUCAAGUACCAUUUUGGACCGAUUCUGAUUCGGUAUCCGACAAAUCACUUAGUCAUCAACUUGUACUAUCCUCGGAACAGAAACAAGCCUCGGUUGCCUGGCGAACACCGUCCGAGGUCUUCGGUGACUCAGUGUCGAUUUCCUUCGAACUCGAAUCAGAGGACAUUAUACAGCGAAUCACUAUCGAAGACAUCGUUCUCGGGUCAACUAGAAAGCUUUACCUUUCCUAUACCCUUGUGACUCGGAAGGCGUUCCCUGUAUCUCGAAGACAGGAACGUACGACCUUCGGGUGCUAUUUAAUGGUAUACAAAGACGCAUCGCCAGUGACAUGCUUCCCAGCCAUUGACGACCAGCUUCCCUUCCAUCCCGAUGGGUCGCUCAUGUGUAUGUCCACCGGACGUGAACACGAGCUCUGGCCCUCGCUCGUCGAGAAGGCUUACCUAAAACUGAUGGGUGGAUAUGAUUUUCCUGGCUCGAACUCAAGCGCGGACAUCUGCACGUUGAUAGGGUGGAUACCAGACCACAUUGGGCUCAAAAGGUUUUCAAACUUUCAAAGAGAACAGACAUGGUCGAGGAUCUUGCGUGGUUUUACAGAAGGGCUCUGUGUGCUUACGGCUGGGACCGAUGAUCGACCUACGAUCGAGUGGCAAAAUGUGAAGCUGCUCAAGGCCCACAACUAUGCCAUUAUAGGCAUGGAGGAGGGUAGCGAUGGAAAUAGAUGGCUCUAUAUCAUCGAUUCUCGAGUAUCAAGCAGAGAGGAUACGUGUGAAGAUAUGCCAUCUGAACCGGAACCGGCUAAAGAUGGUCAACGUACCAUUCUGAAGAUGAAUUGGGAUAAUGCAUGCACCCUUUUUGAGAGCUUAUAUGUCAAUUGGGACCCAGAUAUGUUCAAGCAUCAUGCUCAUUAUCAUGGAACAUGGAGGACCUCAGAAUCACCUGAAUCAGAUCAUGCAACUUGCAAGUGCAGCCUUCAAUUAUCGUUUGCUGCGCGCUCACCCGUUGCAUUCAAGCAUCUCAUCACACCGUCUACCUAUGUUUUGACCGUUCCGACCCGUCCGAAGAUUCUUUUGAAAUCCGAUACACGCCGAGCUUCAGAGCACAUUUCGUUACAGGCGGAGUACGAUGACACAUCCCUGACCACGGGAAGAUCUGCAGACAUCCCAAAUACCACGGGCGUAUACACAAAUAGUCCCCAUGUUCUAAUUCGAAAAGUUAUAUCGUCAUCGCAGAUCGCGAAUUCUGCCGCGAUAUCCGUCACAGCCUCUUACGAAGGCGAUCCUCAUAGCAUAGGCUUCACCGUCUCGGCAUACUCCUCCCAUAACAUGCGAUGGGAACAUCGGAAUCUCGAGCUACCUUACACUACCAAGGUAACAGGUGGACUCACAGCCAAAACAUCUGGAGGAAACUAUACCUUACCGACGUUUAUGCUCAACCCACAAUACCAUCUUACUAUCUCUCCUCCAAAUGGUGUUCAGGGUGACACAAAUACAAAAGCGCAAGUUCGGAUCUUCGCUGAGGCCGCACGCAGCAUACCAUUGAAUGUCUCGAUUGUUUGGUCGCGAGGCGCACGAGUGUUUGAUCUGGUUGAGCAAGAUGUCGCAGCAAGUUCCGGGACGUAUAGCUAUGGGCAUGCGACUGUCACGAGGAAUUUACCUCCUGGGGAAUAUACCGUCGUACUAUCCUCCUUUGAUCCUGCCCAUCAAGGCCGAUUCUCUCUUCGCGCUCAAAGCUCCCUCAGGAAUUCCCUUGCGUUAAUCCCGCAAGAAGGUGCGGGAAUGUAUACAAAGACUGUUCGAGGAGAAUGGACAAAGGAAACGGCAGGAGGUCCACACAAUCACAACCGCUACCUCUCUAACCCUCAAUAUGAACUUCAUCUGUCAUUCCCGACAGAAAUCAAAGUUCGCCUACAGCUGUUAGAAACACGCGUUUCUUCCCGUCUGAACAUCUCCAUCUUCCCUGCGCCGUUGUAUCAACGUACAAAUCAUUCCCUUGUAUCUUCGGGCCCUUAUUCGGAUGCCCUUCCAGGAGUGGUAACGCCUUUGGUACCGAUGAAGUCUGGUACAUACAUUGUUGUACCAUCAACUUUCGCCCCAGGUGUUGAGGGAAAAUUUCGGAUAAUCGUGUACAGUUCUGUGGGCGGCAUUGGUCCUCCAUGA